AUGAAGGAAUGGUGGUUAUCCUUUAGUUUUGAUGGGUCUCCUUGUUUUGUUCUUGCUAAGAAUAUGCAGGCUCUGAAAGAGAAACUCAAAGCAUGGAACCGGGAUGUCUUUGGCAGGAUUGAUAAUUUGGUUCAGGUGAAUUUAGUUACAAAUCAAACCUUGGAUGCCAAGAUGGUUAUGGAUCCGGAUAAUGUUCAACUAGUGAAUGAUAAAACUGAUGCUAAUGCUGAAUUCAAAAGACUUGCAAAAAUGCAUAGUGAUUUUUGGAAGCAACGUGCUAACAUCAAUUGGGUUGAAGAUUUUGAAAACAACACCCAUUUUUUUCAUAAGUAUGCUUCGGCGAAACAAAGGGGAGAUAGUUUCGUAGUAUCAAGGGUUAUUUCAAGAAAAGUUUUUCUCAAGACCCAGCUUGACGGUCUUGCUUUUCCUUCUAUCUCUACCGAAGAGGCUCAGUCUCUUGAAGUCGUAUUUUCUGAAGAGGAAGUUCACAAAGCCAUUUGCGAUCUCAGAAAGGAUAAAGCCCCCGGACCUGAUGGUAUGCCAAUUUUCGUUAUUUCCAAGUCGUGGGAGUUCAUGGAAAGUGACAUUUUAAAGGUUAUGGACCAGCUGUACACUCGCAAGACCAUUGAUUGUAGACUGAAAUCCACCUUUUUUGUUCUGAUUCCCAAGGUCCAAGAUCUCGAAAACGUCACCGACUUCAGACCCAUUAGUCUUAUGAGCAGUAUUAACAAGAUUAUGUCUAAAGUUAUUGCUACAAGGCUAAAAUCUGUCCUUCCCAAGUUAGUCAGUCACCAACAGUCUGCUUAUGUAGAGGGCAGACAAAUAAUGGACAACGCCAUCAUUGCAAAUGAGUGUAUUAACUCGGCUCAAAUAUCCCAUGAAGCUGGCAUCUUGGGUAAAAUAGAUUUUCAGAAGGUGUAUGACAAUGUUGCGUGGUCCUUUCUUGACUAUGUGCUUCAAAGAAUGGGUUUCGAGUUCAAAGGGGCUGAGGCAGGGGGAUCCCCUAUCCCAUUUUUAUUUCUACUUACUGCUGAAUCUCUCAAUCUUAUGUUCGUCAAGGCAGAAAUGGUUGGGUGGCUCAACGGUUUUGAAAUUAUCCCCGGAUGCCAGAAAAUCACCCAUCUACAAUUUGCGGAUGAUACUCCGGUGUUUCUUAAGAAUGAUCAGCAAAGUAUAGUUCACUUACGCAACAUUCUCAUUUGGUUUGAGAUAAUCUCAGGGCUCAAGGUGAACUUUCAUAAAACUGCACUUAUGCCUGUUGGUGAGGUGCUGAACUUGGACUCCUUAGCUGCCUCGAUGGGUUGCAGAACUCAGAACUUGCCAACGUCUUAUUUGGGCCUUCCUCUUGGUGAACCUUAUAGAUCAAACAUCAAAUGGAUUAAAAUAAUUGAAAUAUUUGAAGCUCGCUUAUCUGCUUGGAAGUCCAAAUCUCUCUCGAAAGGAGGUAAAUUAACUUUGAUUAUUUCAGAACUCUCAUCUCUUCCUAUCUAUUUCUUUUCGAUCUUUGCUGCUCCUAUGAAUAUCAUAAAGAAUCUGGAAAGAAUCAUUCACAAUUUCCUAUGGGAUGGAGGACCUGAUGACAAGAAAUACCACCCUGUUGAUUGGGAACAUCUGGUGAAGCCGAAAUCUCUUGGUGGGUUAGGCAUCAAACAAUUACAUUUUAUGAAUAUAGCCUUACUAAUGAAAUGGGUAUGGAAAUUUAGUGAUGGUGAUGCGGCCCUCUGGAAACAAUUGAUAGAACAAAAGUACGACCUUGCACUUUUAGGUUGGAAUACCAAGUAUCCUAAACAAGCCUAUGGGUGUAGCAUAUGGAGAGGUCAUGCGCCGCUAUCCGAACGAUUUCCUACUUCUUUCAAUGCGUCAGCGUCAAAAACAUCAACUGUAGCUCAAGUCUACAACAAUUCAUCCCAGAACUGGAAUUUGGGUAUCACUCGCAGAGUCCACGAUAAUGUCAUCAGGGAUAUUGCUGCACUCUUGUAUCUUUUUGAAGAAUCCAAUUUGUCCCCCAAUAGCAAUUGUGAUACCAGAGUUCGGAAGAAUUCACAACAAGAAGGUGAUUUCUCCGUUAAGAAAUGUUACACUUGGCUAAUUCAGGCCAAAAUUUCAGAAGAAGACCGAACUUGUGUGCAUCCAAAAAGAAUUUGGUCGAAAUGCCGGCCUCCUAAGCUGAUAAAAGAAAAUAAAACGGAUACAUUGUUGUGGCGAUAUGUAAGAGGUCCUGUUGAUGCGAAAGAGUUUGUUAAGUACCGGGUGAAUGGGUUUGUUUUCUCUCCCAAGUAUCAUGAAGAAAUAGUUGUUAGUCAAGACAGUGGUGUUUGCAUGACAACAAACACCACAUUUAGGAGCAAGAAAGGCGAUAAAAAUCCCAAAAAUGUAUUGACCAAGUGGUAUGGGGUUGUUAAUCAAAUAUUUGAGUUGGACUAUGGUCAAUUUACUGAGGUUGUGUUUUACUGUGAAUGGGUGAAAGCGGGAAGUGGGAGCAAAAUUUGUCUAAAACUCACAGUCUACAGCAUGUACAUCAGUUCAUAA